AUGGAACAUUAUCAAUUCUAUCGUAGUUGGAUGUAUGAUAGAAUGUUUCCUGGACGACGUGGGCUUAAACCACUUUUUAUGGAAGGAGUUGCCGCAUUUCUCUCGUAUGCGUUUGCUCAAGAAUGUUGUCACAGGGAAGGAGGGGUAAGGUGUCCGUGUUUAAAGUGUGGUUGCAGAAAUAUUAUUAGUGACCCUAAUGAAGUGAAGCGUCACUUGGAGAGAGUGGGUUUUAGGCCAAAUUACUGGGUUUGGACAUCUAAUGGGGAAACAAUGCAGGAGAUGAAUAGAGAGGCUUCUAGCAGUCAAACACAUAUAGAACCAGAUAUAAAUAGAGUUGAUUCAGGGAGUAGUUCAUCACAUAUGCAGUGCCAGGAGCAAUUUAAUCUCGUCGAGGAGAUGUUCACUGACGCAUUAGGGGUGAAUGUGGCGUAUGAUGAACCACAAGACUUAGAUGGAGAAGAGCUCCCGAAUGAGAAAGCUCAAAGGUUUUAUCAGCUGUUGAAAGAAAUAAAUAUACCAUUGUUUGAGGGGUCUUCUGACUCUAAGCUAUCAAUGUGUGUAAGACUUUUGGCUGCGAAAUCAAAUUGGAAUGUUCCUGAUCAGUGUUUAGAAUUCUUUGCGAGAUUGAUGUUGGACGCGACUCCUGUGAAAGAAAACAUGCCUACAAGUUAUUAUGAUGCAAAGAGGGUGGUGUCGAAGUUGGGAUUAGAAGUUAAAAAGAUUGAUUGUUGCAUUAGAGGUUGCAUGUUGUUUUAUGACAACGAGUUUGGUACAAAUGAUGGGGAAUUGGAGGAAUGUAAGUUUUGCGAGAGUCCGAGGUAUUUAGUUAGCAGUAAAGGAGUUGACCAAAGGCAAAAUCGCAUUGCAGCGAAAUCUAUGUUCUAUCUACCAAUAAUACCUAGGUUGCAAAGAAUGUUUGCAUCAAUGCACAGUGCAAGCCAAAUGGCAUGGCACCAUACAAACAGAAUUAGUUCAGGCAUGAUGCGACAUCCAUCUGAUGGCGAGGCAUGGAAACACUUUGAUAGAGUUCAUCCUGAAUUUGCACUUGAACCUAGGAAUGUCCGACUUGGAUUAUGCUCAGAUGGGUUCACUCCUUAUAAUUUUUCAGGAAAUGCAUAUUCUUGUUGGCCAGUUAUUGUUACCCCGUACAAUCUCCCUCCUGAGAUGUGCAUGACGAAACCUUACAUGUUUUUGACAUGCAUCAUUCCGGGACCGUCGAGUCCAAAGGCGGGAAUCGAUGUUUAUUUGCAACCUUUAAUUGAUGAUCUCAAGAGGCUGUGGGUGGGAGCGUGGACUUAUGAUGUGUCUCGUAAACAAAAUUUUAAUAUGCGAGCGGCUUUGAUGUGGACAAUUAAUGACUUUCCUGCAUAUGGCAUGUUGUCUGGAUGGGGUACACAUGGUAAAAUGGGAUGUCCGCAUUGCAUGAAUCACACAAAAGCGUUUACUUUGGACUUUGGUGGGAAAAGUUCGUGGUUUGACUGUCAUCGUAGGUUCUUACCUACCAACCAUGAAUUUAGAAGGAAUAAAGAUGCUUUUAGAAAAGGAAUAAAAGUAAAAGAUCUACCUCCCCCUCGAUUGUCAUCGACUCAAGUAUGGAAUAAUGUUUGUGACCUACCAAAAUUCACAGACUAUGGUGAAGCACGUAGAAUUAAAGGAUAUGGGGUUGACCAUAAUUGGACAAAAAGAAGUAUCUUUUGGGACCUCCCAUAUUGGAAGGAUAAUUUGUUGCGUCAUAAUCUUGAUGUUAUGCAUAUUGAGAAGAACUUUUUUGAUAAUGUGCUUAACACGGUGAUGGAUAAUGAGAAGACAAAAGACAAUGAGAAGGCUAGGAAAGACAUGGAACUUUAUUGUAAUCGAAAAGAAUUGGAGUUGAAACCUCGACCAAACGGAAAAUUAUUAAAACCCAAGGCUUGUUACACUCUUACUCCCCAAGAAGCAAAAGCUGUAUGUCGGUGGUUAAAUGAAUUGAGGAUGCCUGAUGGUUAUUCUUCUAACCUGGCAAGAUGUGCUGACGCCAACACUGGGAAAUUGCAUGGAAUGAAAAGUCACGAUUGUCAUAUUUUCAUGGAACGAUUACUUCCAAUUGCAUUCAGUUUACUACCCAAGAAUGUGCUUAAUCCACUUACUGAGAUCAGUCAAUUUUUUAAAGACAUUUGUGCUUCAACUUUAAGAGUAGACGACAUCAUUAAAUUGGACCGAAAUAUUCCUGUCAUUCUUUGCAAGUUGGAGCAAAUAUUCCCGCCAGGUUUCUUUGAUUCUAUGGAGCAUCUCCCUGUGCAUCUUGCUUAUGAAGCUUUUCUAGGUGGACCUGUUCAAUAUAGAUGGAUGUAUCCAUUUGAACGAUUCAUGGGUGAUUCAAAGCGAUCAGUUAAAAAUAAGAAUCAUAAGGAAUGA